AUGGGUCAUCUGAACGAGGUUGACCUGAAGUGUUUAGCCAAAGCCGGAAAGAUACAUGGUAUGAACAUAAAGGAGAACGCAAAACUAUUGCAGUGUGUUAUUUGCAAAAGCGAAAAGCAGGCAGCAAAUGCCUUCAAGAGCUCGAUGGUGGAAAUGUCAAAGCAGACAUUGGAGAUUGUGCAAAGUCAUAAGAUAAAGAUGUUACAGACUGAUAAUGGGACGGAAUAUCGAAACAAGGGAUUCGAUGAGUAUUUAAACAAGCAUGGAAUUGGCCGACGACUCACUGUGCCCCACACACCCCAGCAGAAUGGAUUCAGAAGCGAAUAUCAAGAAUUCUAUGACGAGCCAGAAAACGGCGUAGAUAUUCCACUAGGUGACCAACUGGAUGAGACUGAGAGAAGUUCAUCAAGCGACGAGGAUGAUACCGAAGAGGUAUUUCAACGUGAGCGACGCGGCAGAGGACGACCAAAGUUGAUGAGAACCGGUCAGCGUGGUAGGCCACGGAAAAUAUAUCAACAAGGAAGAAAUGUUUCGGCAGACGAACACAUUGAUCAACAGAAUGAAUUAGACUCAGCUGAGGAUAUAUUCGAGGGGUGCGAAAUGGCAUUUGCAGUAGGUAAAAAUGAUCCAGCAACCAUCAAGGAAGCCCAAGGCAGUGGCGAUGCUGAGAACUGGACAAGAGCUAUGGAAGAUGAGUUUAUGGCUCAAAUUCUCAACAAGACCUGGGAAAUUGUUGAGCGGCCCAAAGGCCGAAAGGUGAUUGGAAACAAAAUGGUGUUACAAACAAAGGACAACGGCACUCCAACAGGAUGA